ACAAGUGAAAAUCGAAAAAAAAAUGAAUAAAAUCAGUUUCAUUCUAUUCAUUUGCUGUUUGCCGAUGAUCUUUGCUGAUCUCCCCGACUGGUAUCCCGUCAAUGAAGCUGAAAUUGAGGCAAAAUGUAUUGAGGAAAAUGCCAUCAGUCCUGAGACUAUGAAAAAAAUCAUAACCUACCAUUUCGAAGAUACCGCUGAAAUACGUUCGUUUUUGCUAUGCCAAGCCAUCAAGAAGAAUGUCUAUAGUCCUGAGAUGGGCUAUAAAGCUGAUCGCUUACAGUUGAUUUUGAAAGAAAGAGCCAAACAGGAUUGUAAAUUGGAAUUUAUUGAAGGAUGUGCCAAUAAAUCGAGUGAUGUAAAACCAGCUGAUGUGAUGGUCUACAACAUAAUGCAAUGCAUUAUCCGUGACAUGAAAGAUAAUU